AGCACAUCAUCAUUUUCUUCCCUACGAGUGAAGGAGUGGACGUAAUUUUUUUGCGAGGAUAUAAACAUGGCAGCAGUAGCAGUAGGCUUACCUAAGUGGGAGAAGACAGUGCGCGUGCUUUUGUGCGUCUUUGGUUUGAUUUUGUCAGUUUACGCGCUUCACGUGGAACUGUCCCGAGAGCACGACCCCGAUUACAGAGCGAUGUGCGACCUGGGAGAGUCUGUCAGCUGCUCCAAAGUUUUCACAUCCAGAUGGGGACGUGGUUUUGGCUUGGUCCAGUUCUUUGUUGCCCAAGAUAGCCCUUUGAACCAGCCCAACAGUGUUCUUGGAAUCAUGUUUUAUACUCUGCAGCUUGGCUUGGGUCUUUUGCUGUCCAAAAAGGCCGCUGUGUUCUUGGUGCUGUCCUCCUGGGUGUCAGUGGCCGGCUCGAUCUACCUGGCCUCUAUUCUGGCUUUCGUACUGGGAGACUUCUGCAUGGUAUGCGUGUCUACGUACAUCGUCAACUUUGGUUUGCUCUACACCAACCUCAAGCGAAGGAGCGCCAUCGAGGGGAUGAAGGAGAAGGCGGGCUAAUAAUCCUUCAACAAAACAAAACAAAAAUGUUACAUUCAACACCUUUUUUUUAUCUUGGCCCAAAGUAACAUCUGUGGUGUUACUGCCUUGUUUACUCCUGCUGAGACUUUACACCCAAAAAAACAGGCUCCAUCUUACUUUUUCAGUCUGCAGUCAGCUUUUUAAAAAAAUAAAAUAAAAAUAAAAAAUUUGUUUCCAU